UCGUCCGCCGCCGCCGCCAACAACAACACCGGCGCCCCCUCCACGCCGACGUCCACCACCACCGGCCGCGGACCACCACAACAACAACAACGCGGAUCGUCAUGCCCAGGCCGCAGCGGCGCCCGUCUGCUGUGAGGGUUCGCGCGCAGUUUUUACGUCGGCCCGCGGCCGCCAUGUGAGCGAAAUAUCUCUCACUCUCGACCCGCAACGCACACAUUGUCGCCGUCGUCGCCGCCGCCGCCGCCGCACUCGUAGUAGUCGUUCAUCGGUCGUCGUGUGAUCGUCGUCGUCAUCGUCGUCGCUGCCGCCGUCGCCGCCGGUGCACACGCCUGUUUGCGGGUAUCACAUCGCUCGCGCGAAUCGUCAUCCACGCAACCAACAGCUAUUACCGAGAUGAACAAAAGUCAAUAAUGGGCGAAAUGGAUGCAGAUCAAUUAUAUUCCGUGCGUUGGAAUGAAUUCCACACAAGUAUUGUAACAUCAUUCAGACAUUUACUUGAUCAGGAAGACUUUAUAGAUGUUACAAUUGCUUGUGAUGGUCAUUCAUUUACUGCCCAUAAAGUUGUACUCUCUGCAUGUAGUCCUUACUUCAGAUCUCUGCUCAAGGCAAAUCCAUGCCAACAUCCCAUUGUCAUCCUACGUGAUGUUAAAAAGCAAGAAAUGGAAGCUUUAUUAAGUUUCAUGUACAAUGGAGAAGUUCGGAUUAAUCAAGAACAAUUACCAGAAUUUUUAAAGACUGCUCGUAGCUUACAAGUACGAGGCCUUGUCGAUUUUACUAAGGAAGAUCAACCUUCCUCAUGGGGAAGUUCAAGUGUAGUCCCAGUUGAUGGAAAAACUAAAGCGAGUGAUGAUUUACCCACUCCACCUUUUAAAAGACAACGUAAUAAUUCUGAAGUGACUAAUCAACCAUUGACUCCCAGCAGUAACUACAAUGUGGAUAGAGAUAAAGACACACCAUCGUUGCUUGUUCAAGCAUUGGAACUUAAUCAAUCACAAUCAAGUCAGAAUAAAAAUGCAGUUGACUCAUCGGCUACUGGUCAUUCAUCAGAUGAAGAAGAAAGUAACUCUGGAGAAUCAGACGGUAGUCAUACAGUAAACGAUAAUACUAGGUCGGAUGUAAAUCGACAGAAUAAUGAUAUUGGUAUACAGCCUCAAAUAUCUCAGGCCCAGCAUUCAAAAUUGGAACCUGUGGAUUUUUUACCGAAUAGCGGUAAUAAUCAUGAUUUACAUAAUACAUCAAUAUCAAUUGAGCAAUCCAGGCAUUCUUUUCCUACUUCUAUUUCUUCAGGAGUUUCGAUCAUUAGUAGCUUACAAGGAAUACCAGGUCUCCUACCAGGUCCAUCAGGCAUACAUAAUAAUAGUCAAGAAAACAGCUAUGGGGAUGGCGGUGGACCUACGAUGGGAUGUUACUUGAACGCCACCGAACCGAAACCAGUGUGCACAGAAUGCGGCCGGGUGUAUAGCAGCGUGAGCAACUUGAAGCAGCACAUAGCCAACGUCCACUCAGCCACUCCACACUGGGAACCCUGCCCGGUGUGCGGUAAACACUUUAAGACCAGACAGUAUCUGUUCAAUCACCUGUUGCAAACCCACGGCAUCCGGCAACGGGGCAGCCGGAUGCACAUGCAGUUGCCGUCGUCGUCGUCGUCGGGUGGCGGCAGCGCGUGCAGUGGAGGGAACGGGGGCGGUCAUCAUCAUCACCACCAUUCGGUCGCGUCGCUGGCCAACAGCCCUUCGUCCGCCACGAUUUCUUCGUGUUUCUCCAACGCGGCGAAGCCGCUGUUGUCCCACCACACCGACAUCAAACCCCUGACUCACGUUUCCUCUGUUUCCUCCACUGUGUCUGCGGCCGCCGCCGCAGUCACCGAUCUUAACGAACAGCGGCAACAGCAGCAGCAGCAACAGCAACAGCAGCAGCAGCAGCAGCAUCCCAACAGUUUCGGUCCUCCCUUACCGUCGUCGUCGUCGUCCGCGGCGACGCCGGCCGCCGCGGUGGCCGCGUCCAUGAGGGAAAACCGACUCAACCCCGAUUUAUCGUCCCAGUUCUACAUGUUGUCCAAAUCGGCCAUUUCUAGAUAAUAAUAAUGUUGACCGUAUUUUUUUAAACAUUUUUUUUUUUUUUUUCGUUCUUGUGUUUUUUUAACUUUCCUUUCAGUUUUGUCGUAAUCGAUACGGUGAUCACGACCACUGCUCGUCUUGUAUUUAUCGGCUCGACCUAUACACACGUUUUUUCUUCGUUAAAGUUUAAUACUUUCGAUAUUAUUUUUUUCGUAUUAAAUUUAUCGCCAACUUUUGCUGCUUAUCGUUUUUACUACCUGUAAAAGUUUUUCCAUGCUCGACAUGUUUCCCAACUCGUCAAGCUGCAAGUAUACUUGUCGUGCAUUGAGUUUAGCCAAAACGAUUAAUCUUGAUGUUAUCUCGUGCGGUUUUCUUUCUCGAACGACUUGCGUCGAAUUAUUAUUGGGCUGCUAAUAAAAAAUUCUUCGUUCGUAAUUAUGACGGCGAUCAUCAACUCCAAUACAAUUGAUAGUAUAAUCGUGUCCAAACCCCGCGACGAUUUUAUACGGUCCGGAGAACGAUUAUUGUUAUUAUUAGUAUGUAACAAACGUUAUAUGGAGUUGAAUAGGGUACCCAUUGUCCAAAGUGUCGUCUACCGUUGGUACGAAACUAUGCUUAUUUUAAUAGGUAUACAACGGUCGACAGUUUUAUUUUAUCAGGUCAUUGGAACACUAUUCCAUUAAAUUCUAAUAUAUAUAUAUAUAUAUUUUCAAUUUAACUACCCCGCUUAUUCCUUCAGUGGAUAUAAUUAAUUAAUAAGUUUUAUAACUCCCAAAAUUUUAUUAUUUUUUCGAACAAUACCAAUUCUAGACAUUAAUUUCCUCAGAGUAACGUACGUUUGAUCAGGGAGCGCCUACUUGAAAAGUUAAGCUUAACAACCAUUAAAAAAAUAAUAACAAUUAAAUUGGCCAAUAUAAAUAACAUUUAGAAAUUAUAAGGAAUAAGUUCAAUAUUGUUAUUUGGUAUUUCAUUUGGUGACAAUUGUAUAAGAUAGAAGAUUAAGUGUUUAUAGUCAGAAAAAAUGAGCCCUCAAUUUAAAAAUAAUAAAUAUAUGUUGCGUUUAAUUAUUUUGUAACUAUUUUUACCAGUAGUG